AACCCCUUGUUUAAAAUUGGUCAUGAACAGAAAUUAACACAAGAUGACAUGUACUUGGUGCUUCCAGAAGAUCGCUCCCAGCACCUUGGAGAAGAGCUACAAGGGUACUGGGAUCAGGAAGUUUUGAGAGCCAAGACACACAAACAGGAGGCUUCUUUAAUGAAAGCAAUCAUAAAGUGUUACUGGAAAUCCUGUCUAGUUUUGGGAAUAUUGACGUUUCUUGAGGAAGGCACCAAAGUAGUUCAACCCAUCUUUUUGGGGAAAAUGGUUAGUUAUGUUGAAAACUAUGAUCCUGCCAAUUCUGCCGCUUUGCACGAAGCCUAUGGCUACGCGGCGGGGCUGAGCGCCUGCGUGCUCGUGUGGGCUGUUCUGCACCACGUGUACUUCUAUCACAUUCAGCGCGUGGGGAUGAGGCUGAGAGUAGCCGUGUGCCAUAUGAUCUACCGCAAGUCACUUUGCCUGAGUAGCUCGGCCAUGGGGAAGACAACCACAGGCCAGAUAGUCAACCUGCUGUCCAAUGAUGUGAACAGGUUUGAUCAGGUAACGAUGUUCCCGCACUAUCUGUGGGUGGGGCCACUGCAGGCUGUCGCAGUGACCGCCCUGCUCUGGAUGGAAAUAGGAAUGUCGUGUCUUGCUGGGAUGGGAGUUCUCAUUAUUCUUCUGCUUUUGCAAAGCUGCUUCGGGAUGUUGUUUUCAUCACUCCGGAGUAAGACCGCAGCUCUCACAGAUGACAGGAUCGGGACCAUGAGUGAAGUUAUAACUGGCAUCAAAACAGUAAAAAUGUAUGCUUGGGAACAGUCAUUUAUAGACCUUAUUACCAGAUUGAGAAGGAAAGAAAUUUCCAAGAUUCUGAAAAGUUCCUACCUUAGGGGCAUGAAUUUGGCAUCAUUUUUCGCUGUCAGCAAAAUUAUGAUUUUUGUCACCUUCAUCACCAGUGAGCUCCUUGACAACCUGAUCACAGCCAGCCGAGUGUUUGUGGUGGUGACACUGUUCGAGGCUCUGCGGUUCUCAAGCACCCUCUACUUCCCCAUGGCCAUUGAGAAGGUGUCAGAGGCCGCCGUCAGCAUCCGAAGAAUCAAGAAUUUUUUAUUACUUGAUGAAAUACCACAGGUCAACACUCAGCUGCCAUCAGGUGGUGAAGUGAUGGUAGACAUGCAAGAUUUCACUGCUUUUUGGGAUGAGGAAUCAAAAACCCCAACCUUACAAGGCCUUUCCAUUACUGUCAGACCCGGUGAACUGUUAGCUGUGGUCGGACCUGUGGGAGCAGGAAAGUCGUCACUGUUGAGCGCUCUGCUGGGAGAGCUGCCCCCGAGCCAGGGGAAGGUCAGCGUGCUCGGGAGGAUCGCAUAUGUUUCUCAGCAGCCCUGGGUGUUUCCAGGGACUGUGAAGAGUAACAUUUUAUUUGGGAAGAAAUAUGAAAAAGACCAAUAUGAAAAAGUCAUAAGGGCUUGUGCUUUGGAAGAGGAUUUGCAGAAUUUGAAGGAAAGAGAUCUAACUGUGACAGGAGAUGGAGGAACCCCACUGAGUGAAGGACAGAAAGCCCGGGUCAGCCUCGCCAGAGCUGUGUAUCAGGACGCAGACAUCUACCUCCUGGACGAUCCGCUCAGCGCAGUGGAUGCAGAAGUCAGCAGGCACUUGUUCGAACAGUGUAUUCAUCAGGCCUUGAAGGAAAAAAUCACAGUCUUAGUAACUCAUCAGUUGCAGUACCUAGAAGAUACAAGUCAGAUUUUGAUACUGCAAGAUGGCAAAACAGUGAAAAGGGGAACUUACUCUGAGUUCCUGAAAUCUGGCAUAGAUAUUCUUUCCCUUUUUGAGAAGGGGAAUAAGCAGCCUGAACCAUCUCCAGUUCCAGGAACUCCCACUCUGAUCUCCGGGUCUUUGGGUCAGUCUCUACAGUCUCCUAGACCCUCGUUGAAAGAUGUGGCUCCAGAAGACCAAGAUACUGAGAACAUACAGGUUACACUACCUCUAGAAGACCGAUUGGAAGGAAAAGUGGAGUUUAAGACCUAUGCAAAUUACUUCACAGCUGGUGCUCACUGGUCUGUCAUCAUCUUCCUUGUUCUAGUAAACAUCGCAGCUCAGGUUGCCUAUGUCCUGCAGGAUUGGUGGCUUUUAAAGUGGGCAAAUGUAAAAAGUGGCCUGUAUUUUGGGACAAAUGUAGAAGAAUCCGUAGAUGUAAUGUUUGUGCUGAACUGGUUCUUAGCAGUUUAUUCAGGAUUAACUGUAUCUACCAUCCUUUUUGGCAUUACAAGGUCUCUGCUGAUAUUCUACAUCCUUGCUAAUUCUUCACAAACUUUGCACAACAAAAUGUUGGAGAGCAUUUUGAGAGCUCCAGUAUUGUUCUUCAAUAGAAAUCCAAUAGGGGAUCUUGACAACCCAGGGAUUGAGCUUCCAUCUCUUUUGUCUCCUGCAUUGGCAGGAAGAAUUUUAAAUCGUUUCUCCAAAGACAUUGGGCAUAUGGAUGACUUGCUGCCCCAGAUAUUUCAAGAUUUCAUCCAGACAUUUCUACUUGUGAUUGGAGUGAUGGGUGUCAUGGUGGCUGUGAUUCCUUGGGUUGCUAUACUUGUGAUUCCCUUCGGCAUGAUUUUCUUUGUUGUCCAGUGGUAUUUCUUAAGGACAUCACGAGAUGUGAAACGCCUGGAAUCUGAAGCACAGAGUCCAGUGUUUUCUCACUUAGCAUCUUCUCUCCGAGGACUCGGGACCAUCCGGGCGUACAAAGCCGAACACAAGUUUCAGAAACUGUUCGACUCACACCAGGAUUUGCACUCAGAGGCUUGUUUCCUGCUUUUGACGAUGUCCCAACAGCUCGCUGUGUAUCUGGAUGUCAUCUGUGCCAUCUUUGUCACUAUUGUUGCCUUUGUGGCCCUGAUUCUGGCAGAUACUUUGAAUCCUGGGGAGGUUGGCCUGGUCCUGUCUCUAAUCAUCACACUUACGGGGAUGUUCCAGUGGUGUAUCAGGCAAAGUACCGAAGUUGAGAAUAUGAUGAUUUCAGUAGAAAGGGGGAUUGAAUAUACAGACCUUGAGAAAGAAGCACCCUGGGAACUCGAGUAUCGUCCACCACCAUCCUGGCCUCAUGAAGGAAGGAUUUACUUUACUUAUGUUAACGUCAAGUACAGCCUGGAUGGGCCUCUGGUAUUGAAGAACCUGGACACGCUCAUUGACCCAAGAGAAAAGCGUGGCAUUGUGGGAAGAACAGGAGCUGGAAAAAGUUCCCUCAUCACUGCUCUUUUUAGAUUAUCAGAACCUGAAGAACCUGACAUUUGGAUUGAUGGGAUCUGGACCACCAACAUUGGACUUCAUGAUUUAAGGAAGAAAAUGUCAGUUGCACCUCAGGAACCUGUUUUAUUCACUGGAACAAUGAAGAAAAAUCUGGAUCCUUUUAAUGAACAUACAGAUGAGGAACUAUGGAAUGCCUUAGAAGAGGUACAACUUAAAGACAACAUCAAACAUCUUCCUGGUAAAAUGAAUACUGAAUUAGCAGAAUCUGGGUUGAACUUGAGUGUUGGACAGAGACAACUGGUGUGCCUUGCUCGGGCUAUUCUCAAGAAAAAUCAGAUAUUGAUUAUUGACAAAGCCACAUCAAAUGUGGAUCCAAGAACUGAUGAGUUAAUACAGAAAAAAAUUCGUGAGAAAUUUGCUCACUGCACUGUGCUAACCAUCACACACAGGUUGAGCAAUGUCAUCGAUUGUCAACGGAUAUCAACAGAUUCUUUACCCACUGAGUUACCUUGGAAGCCCAUUAAGUGGAUGAAACAGAUUCGAUUAUUCUUGGAUUCUUUUGAGAAAGGUUUUGGAUUCAGGGAGACGGAAAGAAACUGGUCAGCCAAAUGAUUUGCUGCAGAAUAGAAACAGUCUGUUUUAUAAAAUGGUGCAACAACUGGGCAAGGAGGAAGUAGCUGUCCUCACUGAAAGGGCAAAAUAGGACAGGGUGUUGUCAUUAAAGUUUGUCUCCAGGUUCCCUCUUCAUAAGAUCUCUAUCAGGGGUCUGAUAACAAGCCCUCUAUGCCCUUAUAAGCCUCCAGAGACUAAGCUUCAUGAGUGGGUCUUAACACAUGGCAGGUUAAGAGCAGGUCUGCUGAGUAUCUGUAGCAGUGGUGGGGAUGGGGUCUCCAUAUGUGAACUCUUCUAUGUGCAUACCUGUGCCUGCGAUAGAGAUGUCAGAUUGGACUUUCCACACUUCUGGACUCUGGGUUCAGAUUCUCACAGAGCACAGAACACUCUCAUUUUGCAGACCCUUUACAUUCAUUCUGAUUGGUGCUCAACAUAUUUGUGAUGCACGUUCUGUCAAGGAAUAUCCAGGAAAUUUGAGAGUUCAGGGGAUAAUUUUUUGAAAUAUUUUUAUUCUAGGAAGAUCUUCCAGGGAACAGUGUAGGUCUCUUCUGUUUUCUAAUCUGUAAAGAAAACUUCUACAUGAUACUGCCAGUUUCUCCCUAAUUCUUUGUUGUUUAGACUUAGGUGUAUUUGCCACCCACCACCCCCAGGCUUCCUCUACCUUCUAGAAAAUGAAAUUGUCAUCAGGACAAAUCAAGAUCUCAUAAUACCUUCACACUGUAGUCUGAAUGGUGCUUGAAGGUUUACAAAGCACUUUCUCAGAGAUGAGGUGUGUGAAGGACUAAGCACUGUGCAUGAUGUGAAGAAGGGGAUCGAUGGGUAACAUUCAUGUCACGUGAUAUCUUCCUAACAAAGGUGAGAUGGUAACUGAAGUCUAGUGUAGGAGAUUCAGCCGUUGUCAUACAGCCAUCUGUAAGUCUUUCUGGAAGGAGGUGGGAGUGGAAAUAGGGUUGAUGGGAAGAUAGAGGGA